UAUCUUCAUUAAAUAUACAGAUCUAAAACCUGAGAAGUUAAAAUGGAUGGUGCAAAAUUGCUGAAAUCUUUGAAAGAUGGCCCCAUGGACACACUUGUUUCAGAUGUCAAGAUAUAUCUGGAUCCGCUACACAAGAACAAGUGUAAGACCAGUGAUGAUCUGACAAAGAAACGUGGAGUAUUUGCUAUGAAGAUACUCCGUGGUUGUGUCGAGUCAAUUACAUCCCUGUCGCUUGGUUCACAACACCUGUCUUCUGUCUUGAAUGUGGCACGUGCCUGCUAUGAGGGGAUCUGUGCUGCUAGAUCACACAUGGAGAUAAUACCGCUUUCCUUGGAAAAAGUCCUGUUCCACAUUGUGUUACAGCUGGUCAACAAGACAUUGCUAAUGGAUGCUCUGUCUUUUGCAGAGUAUCUUUACAGCGAGCUCAUUACUUCUCGUCCACUAUUUGAGACUGUUGAUGGCAUGGAUAAUGAGUAUGACACUAUUGCCAAACAGGCUUUCAACCAGCUUUGGAAGGCUUGUGCUCAGAUUGAAAAGUCCACAAAGACUUGCUCUAGGCACAUUUUGGUGUUGAAUGCACGACGCCAAGCACUUGCUUUCGUGAUGCUGACUGAUCAAGACACUGCAUGGAUUGCAAAUGCUGCUUUGAGAGCUGGAGUAGAGAUGGAGCGAUAUUCCAGCAAAGAUACAUCAAGCUCAGAACACCUAUGUCACUUUUUUGCUGAAAUUGCCAAUGGACUCUUGACACCUUUAGAAAGAAAAUUGAAAUCUCAACAGUUAACAGAUGUGGCAAAGGCACUUGGUCCUGUACUUGACGUUUGUUUGCAGCAAUCAAAGUACUGUGCUCGCUCAGAAAAAUCUGAAUCUGUUAUUCGAAUAUUGAUGAGAAUUCAAGCCUGUACAGAAUGUAAAAAGCAGCAGUCACUUACAAUAGCUUCUGCAAGAGUGGUAUGUGCAAUCUGUGAUGUGAUGAGGAUAUCCCUUUCCCUUGCAAAACUGAAUACUGGAAGUAAAGACAAAUCAAAGUGUAUGAAAUCAAAGGAAUCGAAAAUUGGAAGUGGGGAUGUGUGGAAUGAGUUGAAGCAUUCCAGUGAUGUCAUCGCCAAGAGCAUUGAAACUUCUGAUGUGGUAUCAGCCUUCUACCAACCUCUUGUUGAUUCAUUUGCUUUCCUAAGGAAGCAAGUAGAAGUUGUGAUCAACAAAGAAAAGAGUCACCCUGCAUCUGACUUGCAUAGCUCUGUUUACCAGGCACUUUCUGUCAGUCUAGAGAUCUUAGAAAUCUACAAAGAAUACAUCCUAUCUUCCUCCCAGAGUCCAACAGAUGUUUACAGGGGAUUGUCUGUAUCUGCUUUUACCACCAGGCUGGUCAACAAGCAGUUGAGCACCCUAAACUUCAUGGCUACACUUACCAUCCAAGAACUCAAUAACCUUUCAUCAGGAACUCAAGGCGAGAAUGUUAAGCAACAGUUUGGAAGCAGAGCAAUUACUAUAUGCAAGAGAACCAAAGCAGUUAUGGAGGAUGUCUCAAAAGGUGAAGGUGGAGUCAUAUCUGUGAAUGAGUACCGUUGCCUCGGUAGCAAUGCAUACAAUCUGGGAUUUUUAUGCUACAAGCAAGCAUGGUAUGGGUUUGCAAGUAGCCUUGUCAGACUUUCAUGUGAGCAGCUUCAACGCUGGUGUAGUACUGAACUAGGACCUGAUGAACAGAAAGUUCAAGAGAUCCAACUUGCAAGAAAAUAUGAGUUGCUGGUAGACUGUCAGCGGAGAGCUGGACUUCACCGUGAUGCCAUGACAACUGCUGCUCUCAGCUUAUUGGUUAUUCCUGGUCUUAAGUUUGAUGACGUUAGAAGCAGGGCAGAGCAAUGGGUCAAGGCAAAGAGGGAAGCAUUGAAGAUUAAUGAUGAUCCAGAUCUUAGAAACAGAACACUUCUUGAUGCUUGUGAAGAAAUGGAGGAAGAACUUGCCCCAGAACAGUUAUCAGUAGUUUCUGUUGCUCUUCGUGAAGAGUUUAAUGUCUACAGAGCUCAGAGACAUGAUACCUCUGUUGAGCAAUAUGCAGCAAUUCAGGAUCUCAUCAGGAUGUAUUCUAAUGAAGGUCAUGAGAUGGAAAAAGCUUCUGUUCUUAUACAGCUUACACAACUGCUCUAUUCUUCUGGUGUGGAAAGUGAAAGUUCCCCAAGGGACAUCUGUAUCCAGACAAUUGAUCUGCUAGAAGGACUCAACCAGGAGAACCUUGGUGUACACUCAGACCUCAUGGCUCAAGCUAAAUUCUGGCUUUACCUCUGUCAACUGGAGAGUUCAAUACAGAAUUCCAAUAACAGCUGCUCAUCGCCCAAUGACGUCGAAAUGGACUCUAGCCAGGAAUCGUCCAUAGACACAUCCAAGGAUGAAGAGACACCACCACCUUGUACCCUGAUACAGGAAUCAUCUCAGAUAGCUCCCUUAAUCAGCUCCCUGGAGAUCUGGGGCAGCUUGCUUCAGGAGGAGCCAUUUGAUUCAAGCUGUUUCCAGGAUCCACAAUCAACCAUGCAAUGUUUACAGCUGGCUGCAGACAUCAUGGCUGCAUCUGGCAAGACGGUUGAAGAAAUAUGGGUCCUGAGCAUGCUUAGUAAGUUAGCCAUCUCUACUUCCUCAUCGCUCGAAUCAUUAGAGGCUGACCUUCAUCUCUCAAGACUCCUAGCACGUGUUGGUCUCUAUGAGCAAGCAACUAUCACCAUUGAUAGAGCAGAGAAGCUUCUGCAUGAUCUCUCAGAUGCCAAAAGAUCAACACUGGUGACCAAAUUCCUUCUAAUGAAGUGCUACGUUCUACUGCAUUUAGGCCAGAUUGAACAGUUUGAAGAAAGCUUCUCCAAAUAUCUUGACGAUCUGUCGAAGGCAACUGGACACCGUAAUUGUCAUUCCUACCUCACCUCGGCUUUGGCCAAGGAAUUGCACUCAUUUUACCUCUCUCUUCCCACCUCAAGAAGAAACCCCAAGCUCAAACAGCUUUCUCAGGAUGAGUAUGGAGAUGAGAUUGUUUCCCUUGAUCUGCAAGCUGAGGCAAUGAGAAUAAGAAUGGGUGUGGCAAAGAUUGUCUUAGGAACAGGGAUGGGUGACAAUGGAGUUCAGUCUGACAAUGAUAAAUCUUCUAUUUCAUCAUCAGCUUCAGAUGGAGGUCAGCUGUCACUGAGAUGGCGUGUGUUAGCAUCAGUGCUUGAUUCACUUUCUGAAGUUGCUGAUAGCUUUGUUUUGCAAGGAUGUGUCAGGGAGGCUGAAUGUUACAUCACAGAGGGAAUGUCCUUAGCUCAAAAAUUCCAACUUCCAAGAAGGUAUGGCAGAUUGUUGCAGCAGCUAAUAGAAGUCCAGAUUAAAUGGGGCCAGGAAGAUGAAUGCAAAGCCAAUCUGACCAAACUAAAUGCAGUUGUUACAAUGGAUAAUCAGCAGUCACAGCCCAAACCGGCAGAUGCAAAGACAAAGAAAAGUGUAAAGGGAGGAAGAAUGAAAAAGAAAACCAAGACCCCAAAAGCUGUAACAAACACAGAAGAAAGCGAUGAAGAGGACUUCAUCAGGAGUCGUCCAUUGUCGUUUUCGAGGUCACUUGCUGGUAGAAUCAGUAUGGACAUGAGCAGCUCACCAAGCUUGAAACCUGCUCCUGUUUUCUCCUCCAAGUCACCUGCCCAUGUUGAUCAUCAGAAAGGAUGCAGCUGUAUGCAAUGUAUGGAUCUCUCCUUGCAUGACCUUGAAACUGGCUUCUUUCUUGGCCUUGCUGGCUACUAUGCUCUAACAUGCAAUAAUGAAGCAACAAAAGCUAGUCUAGUUACUGCUAAAGAAUUGCUAGAAAGGUCAAAUGAGUGUUUUCAUCAAGUCUUCAGGCAGAAAUUGCCUAUGCUCGACAUACAAUCCUCUUUCACUUGGACAUGUCACCAUAUAGCCCUUUGCAAAGUUGUAGCAAUACAGGCCCAGGUAGAAUUGGAAAUGGGUCAUUAUGACAAAGUACUGUCUUCUGCUCACAGAGGGCUUGCAUUGUGUGAAUUACACAGUACACCCAAAGCAGUUGAUCUAGUUGUGCAAGCAUCAUUUCACUACUUUAUGGCCAUUGGAGGAAUCCACAUGAAUGCUUUGAACAUUGGAAACAGUGUAUUUGAUCCUUCAUGGUCUGUGUUCAGAGACAAGAACAUAGACUCAGCAAGUGAUGAAGUCAGUGAUGUAGCCCAUCAGCUCAGUCAACUUAGUAUGUCCAGCACAAUGAAGCAAGAGCCCUCUAUAAUGGACAGUAAUCCUUCCUGUCAGUUGUUUCAGAGUAUGCUUGAUACAUCCACUACUAGACCAGAGAUGAUGCGAAAAAGAGAUUCCAGGGGCUUAGAUCAAGGUAGAGUACUUUCAGAAGAAUUAGGACUCUUUGGUGAUGUGGUCCUUGAAGAGACUGAUGGUGUUACAGCCUCUGUUGAAAGUAAACCUAAAGCCAGUGAUAAAAGGGCAAAGAGCACCAUCCAAGUCUCAACCAAGAAAGGUGCUGUGAAAUACAAGGUAGCCAUGAAGCCAAGUAAAUCUUCAAAGACUGUUGAAAGUGCUGAUAUAACUACAUCUUCUGAUAUAGCAGAUGGUGUGUUCAGCUUUGAUGAAGAGACUGUAUCCACUACAAAGAAGCCAACAAGGGGUAGAAGUAAGAAGGGUUGUUCUAAGCAGGCAAUCAUGAAAUCCAGAGAAACAGUAGACAUAGCCUCUGAUGUCAUUAUUCCUGACAAUUCUGUGAGCUCAGGAAAAAUAACCAAGAAGGCUAGAGGGAGAGGACGGGGAGCAGGCAAGAAAGACACUUCUGCAGACAAGGCCUCUGAUGCUGAUUACAAUACAGAAAUCUUACAGUUGAUAGAUAAUGUAAUCGUAGAGUUCUCGGAUACAGAGAAGGACAAACCAAUAAAUGCAAAAUCAAAAUGUGGACGAGGGAGAAAGGCAAAAGACACAAGCAAAGAUACAGUUAUUAGUGUAACUAAGCCAAAACAAAGAAGAGGAAGAGUAAAGAAGGGAGAUUCUUGCGACAUUGAGAACACAAGAGGAGACCCAGAUCCUGUUAAUCCAGCCACAGGACCACCAGAGUUUCUCAAACUAUUUGAUGACAGUGUGAAUGAAAGUAUUACAAUAGAUUCCCUUUCACAUUCCCUUUCUUCAUCAGAAGAAGAAUCUCCAUCAAGAUUAGAUUUGUCAUUAGAAGAAAUCAGUACUAGUGAACAUCAGCCAGAGGUAUCCAUCUCAGAUUCAGCAAUGCAGAAAAAGCUAAAAUCCAAUAAAAGAGUUCACCCUCGAUCUUCUUCAAAGGGAUCAGAAUCGAGUGUUGAAUGUACUGUCCCUCUAUUUGAUUUGAAUGUGUCUUCAGGGAGCUUAUUUGAGACCCCAGCAGAGCAUGACCUUAGCAUUGGGAAUGUUAUGGUGGACUUCCAGGACGAUCUAGAUGACAUUGAGAUACCCAGAGCUGGUUCAGAUUCUGAGGAUAAUGGAAAGAGGUGCAAACGGAAAGGGAGAGGCACAAAGAAAAAUUCUGGGAAAGCAAAGACAACUGUUUGGGAAGAUGUGGAGGCCCCUAGAGGCAAUAGUAAACAGUUGGAAGAGAGAAAGACUAAAGCUGGUUCAAAGAAAACAUCAAAGACUGGUAUUGAAGUCACGGAUCCUUCUAGUACUUGCAUUACAGAUCUGAAGUCAAUUCAAGAGCAGCUUGAGCAAUGCUACAACAUGAUCAAGCAUCUGGCACCCUGCCCACUCUAUCGUCACAUCUGCCAACUCUUGGCUUUAUGCCAUGGUGAUAGGCAGCCAGAAGAGUGUAGUCGUUACUUGGCACAAGCUUCAUCAGUAACCCUUAGGCAUCAGAAAUUAUCAAGUCUGAACAAGAAACUACGGAAAUUGAGGAAGGCAAGUGAUAAAGAUGAUGUUAGCCUUGUUUCAGGCAUGGGCUCCCUUUCACUCCAGUCUGUCAAGGAGGAAGAGGAGAGACUCCGCAAUGACAAGAAAUACUUCCUGCCUUCUGAUGGAGAAGACCAUUUCAUGAAAGAUGUUGGAAAUGCUCUUCCUGCAGGAUACACAAUUUGUCAGGUGUCUGUUAUAUCAGGCAAACCAUCUUGUAUAAAUUCCUUGAAUGCAUCUAGCCAGCUAGUCAUUACUAGGAUACAGAAAGGUCAUCGACCUCUGGUUGUGAGAUUACCCAUGAAUGGUGGUGAUGGGAUUGUCAAUAACUUUGAGAGGAUUUUGGCAGAGAGCAAGGAAACAGUGAAAGAGACGGACAAGAGGGUCUGGUGGACUACUAGACAAAGACUAGAUGAGGAAAUGCAGAGUCUGACAAAAGACAUGGAAAAUAAUCUGUUGUCCUAUUGGAAGGGACUAAUACAAGGAAGCUAUCCUGAUCAGAAAGCAGAGAAGAAGCUAAAAUCACUUGGACAAAGACUUUGUGAUUUACUUCAGGAAGCUGGACAAAGGGAUGUGAACCCUGUACUUUGUGAGUGCCUGAUAGAUUCCUUCCGUCACCUGACUCACCUUCAAACCAACCAGGCUUUGUGUAGUCUUACAGGCCUCCAGUCAGGAACUGAAGAUCUGACACAACUCACCAUUCUGCUCAAGGAUUUGGCCAAGGAGUGGGAGAAGACACGACCCAUGCAGAGGAAUUUAGUUAUUCUUAUUCUUGAUACAGCAAUCCAACAAUUGCCAUGGGAGAGCAUGCCAAUCUUACAUGAGUGGCCUGUAUGUCGCCUUCCCAACCUCCACUUCUUGAUGUCUCACCUCAGGGCCAGCAAGUCAGGGGCAAAUGUCCUAGGAAAGGGGAUAAACCCAGACAAGACUUACUUUAUCCUCAAUCCAAUGGGUGACUUGGACAAUACACAGAAGACCUUUCAAGACUGGUUCCAAAAAGAGAACAAGUGGAAAGGAGUCGUUGGUAGAGGUCCAUCCAAGCCUGAGUAUACUUCAGCUCUUACUGACCAUGACCUCUUUGUAUUCUGUGGCCAUGGCACUGGUAGACAGUUCCUGACAGGUGAUGACAUUCAGAGACUUACAUGCAAGGCAGCUACUCUUCUCAUAGGCUGUAGUAGUGGCAAACUUCAGGUUAAUGGCUGCCUUGAUGCCAGCGGAAUGGCUCUUAACUAUCUUCUUGCUGAAUGUCCAUGUGUUGUUGCCAAUCUAUGGGACGUUACUGAUCGAGACAUUGAUCGUUUUCUUGAGUACCUACUGAAGGCAUGGCUUUCAUCAACAACCCAUCCAGCACCCAUCAGUGAUAGCCAAUCACUAGCUGGCUUGCUGAAUGAUGCCCGUAAGACAUGUAAGCUGAAACAUCUGAUUGGUUUUGCUCCUGUCCUGUAUGGUCUACCAGCUGUCAUGCAAGAAAGUUAAAGUUAAACAGCUGGCCAACCAUAACUCUCCCAAAGAUGAAAAUUACCUUUGAGGCGAUUCCACUUCAAAUGAUGUCAUCAAACUACGCCAUCUCAAGACAUUUCCAGAGCAGCCAGUCUGAGGAUAUUGAUCAAAAGUAUCCUUUUUAUUUUUAAUCAUUAGUAGUUGACUUACAUUGCCAUGUAUUUUUAUGUGCAUAUUGUUUUGAUAGGACAGUCUUGUGCAUAUUAAAGUAAGAAACACCUUUAUUAAGUUAUUUCAUAUGUUGAAUACAUGUAGCUGGUCAAUAAGUAUCCCAGAAUGCAAAAUCGUAUGUAUGAUGUAAACCUACACCCCUCAAAGAUGUAGAGUUAAAUUGAUUUCAUAUCAAAUGAGGAUCAUAGGAUUAUUUUCAUUGUGUACUUCUAAUAACCUAUAUUGUCCUUUAUUAUAUGGUCAUUACAAGAUUCAUCAUAAUGCAGUAGAUUAAUAAUCUCCAAUUAUCUUUAAACCGUAUACUGUACAACAGAGUACAGCAUCCCAUUUUUGUCUCACCUGCAUAGCAGAGUGAGACUAUAGGCGCCGCUUUUCCGACGGCGGCGGCGACGGCGGCGGCGGCGUCAACACCAAAUCUUAACCUGAGGUUAAGUUUUUGAAAUGACAGCAUAACUUAGAAAGUAUAUGGACCUAGUUCAUGAAACUUGGCCAUAAGGUUAAUCAAGUAUUACUGAACAUCCUGCCUGAGUUUCAUGUCACAUGACCAAGGUCAAAGGUCAUUUAGGGUCAAUGAACUUAGACCAUGUUGGGGGAAUCAACAUCAAAAUCUUAACCUAAGGUUAAGUUUUUGAAAUGUCAUCAUAACUUAGAAAAUAUAUGGACCUAGUUCAUGAAACUUAUACAUAAGGUUAAUCAAGUAUCACUGAACAUCCUGCAUGAGUUUCACAUCACAUGACCAAGGUCAAAGGUCAUUUAGGGUCAAUGAACUUUGGCCGAAUUGGGGGUAUCUGUUGAAUUACCAUCAUAACUUUGAAAGUUUAUGGAUCUGAUUCAUGAAACUUGGACAUAAUAGUAAUCAAGUAUUACUGAACAUCCUGUGCAAGUUUCAGGUCACAUGAUCAAGGUCAAAGGUCAUUUAGGGUCAAUGAACUUUGGCCAAAUUGGGGUAUUUGUUGAAUUACAGCCAUAAAUUUGAAAGUGUGUUGGUCUAGUUCAUAAAACUUGGACAUAAUAGUAAUCAAGUAUCACUGAACAUCCUGUGCGAGUUUCAGGUCACAUGAUCAAGGUCAAAGGUCAUGUAAGGUCAAAGAACUUUGGCCACGUUGGGGGUAUUUGUUGAAUUGCCAUCAUAUCUCUAUAAGUGUAUUGGUCUAGUUCAUAAAACGUGGAAAUAAGAGUAACCAAGUAUCACUGAACAUCUUGUGCGAGUUAUAGUAGUUUUCAAAAUCAGCACUGCUGCUAUAUUGAAUCGCGUGAUGCAGGUGAGACGGCCAGAGGCAUUCCACUUGUUAGUGUUCAGACAUGCUGAAACAAAUCACCCUGCUAAAACUACAUUGUAAAUCAUAUUGUGUUUAUUGCAUCAAGAAAUUAAUGAUGUUUUAAUGCACACAGACUGCUAACUUUGAUGGUUCGUUUUGAAUCCUGAUAUAAAUCACUGUAAGUCUUAGCUGUCAUAUCUAAUAGGAAAUUAACAAAAUAUAACGUUUGAAAUCCUGUAAUAUGUACCGGUAUGUAAUUUAGUUGAGUUCAAUGAUAGAGUGAAGCACAGUCGCAUCAUAACAUUUUUCCAUUAUUGAUGCAUGGUAGUUUUUGUAUAAUUUUGUGUUUUACAUGAUUUAACUUUUUAUUAUAUAAUAUUACAUCAUACUAAUCUUUGCCCUUCAGAGUGGUGAGAUAUAUUCUAUACACCUCCUAUAGACUCUCUUUCUCAGUCUCUUACAGUUUAGGUAAAUAUUACAUAAGAUAUUAGAUUUAGCUGUAUUACACAACAGUGGUCAUCAUUUAGUUGUACAACUACAUGUAGGAUACUGUAUUAGCAAUAUUUGCCUCUAAAGGAUUGACUAAUUAAUUGUUGAAUUCCUACGAUUAAUACCAUUCAGUAUUUUUUAUACCAUUACUAUCAAGCACAGUGCGUUAUAUGUAUUAAAGUAUUGAAAUCUUGUGGAUACAUGUAACUCUUCCAGCUAAUCUCAUGAUAGGGCAUGAUGUGGAUAUGUUGGUGAUGUAUAGAAUGCAUCACAUGAAAAUGCUUUCAGAUAUAUGUUAGAAUCCUCAAUUACCCUAUCAUAUAAAUAAUCUUCAAUGUUUAUAUAAAGUUCCACCCCUAAAAGUUAUUACAUUUCAUUCAAUAAACGGGUAUAAUUUGCCUGAUAUGAGGCACAUUGCAUACUAAUAGUAAGAAUGGAAUUGAAAUCAUUUUCAAAUGGAUGUUUUGUUUGUUUGGGAGAAGGUGUUUAUUGUUUUCUACUUCAUUGAAGCUUUACAAUUAUGAUAUAAUGUUUGCAAAAUUGAGUUCAUAAAUCUAAGUUUAAAUUGUGUUGCAUUAUACAGUAUGUCAAGUUGAUGUUUAAUGGAAGCUAGUUUCAUUAUUCAUUAUAUGAUAUACAGUUUAAUCUGUCUAUUACCAGAAUAAUCAUCAAAAUCCAAGCAGUUUUUCAGACCAGAUCAUUCAAACUGUGUUUAAACCUCCCAUUCCCGUCAGUCAAACAGAGUUCUUUUGUAUUGAAAGAUUGAUUUUGCAGAGUUAGCCAUAGACUAUGUUGACUUUAUGCAAGUACAAGUACCAACUCUGUUAUUUAAAAUAAAAUUCUACAUAACUUGACAUUUUUAUUGUCAUUUGGAAUCUUGGCCAUUUAUUAUAAAACUAACUGUCAUUUGUAACCACAAGCUGCCUUCUAUUACAAAACAAUUGAAUUUUAUAAAUAAGAUAUGAAAUAAGGCCCUGCUCCCAUGUUUUCAGAAAUUAUAGCAAAACUUAAUAUCAUAAGAGCUGUAUUUUCAAAUAUUUUUAAUUCCUGAAAAUCAACAUCUCUGUUUUUCCUAGGAAAUCACAUUCCUCAAAGAAUCAGAAGUAUUAUCGUAUGCAUAAUUUUAUGGCUCUGCCCAUUGCAGGUAGAUGGCAGAGGAUUAUUUCAGAUUAAUGGUUGGUUUGUCGAUUUGGGUUCAUGAGUUUAAGGUAAAAAGUCUCAGAAGCCAUAAUUGAUUCAAAAUUUUAGAAGUUAAUGUAUUCUUGAUCAGUUGAUCUGGCAAUGGCGAAGAUAUAAAUGUUGAAUGUGUGCAGUCAAGAAUCUAGUUCAGUUUUUAUACAAUUUUAAGAAGUAAAAUGAAGUGUUAAAUCUCUCCAAUAUUGGACUCCUGUAAAAUGAUUGAUUGUUCGUAGCAAUUGCAUGAAAGGGAGGAGAUUACAUCAUAGAAUUAUAUAUAUGUGUGCCUGUUAUCUUCAGUUGUAAAGAUUUGAUGGUGUAAUAUGUUGUAUACUAAAUUACUAAGUUGUAUAAAUGUUCUUAUAAAUCAGGAAUGUACAUGUAUAUUAAGAUAGGGAACAUAUUUCAAAUGACCUGCCUUAUGAAAAUCAUUACAAACUUCUGUAAAAUAUUGCAAAGAAAUUGUUGAAUAAAAGAGAUCAAAUAAUAUAA